CGCUACUGUAGCCCGGUUGCCGGUUAAGCAUGCCGCCCAGCCCGUCUACCCCUACGCCGCUGCCCAGCCCCGCACGGAGUCGCCCCGUAGCCGUUUGCCGGUCACCGUGCCAGCACGGCUGCUUCGCCGACGCGUCCCCGCACACCCCGUUGUUGUGUGGAGGAGCCCUACAGCCUCGCCGCUCGUCGUGCCCGUGCCUCGCCAUCGUCAAGCUCGCUGAUGCCUUCGCCCUCUUGCCGCCGAGCAGAUCUCGACUCGUUUCUGGGCUUCGAGGAAUCGACGGUCAAGCUUCGGCGACCAAGUGGUCUAGCUCUUUGGGUUCCACGAAGUUGAAGACUCUGAGCAUCUGUUUGGUGAAGGUUGUUCACAUUGCAACCACUGCUCAGGAGAAGACGAAGUCGUGGAAGGAGACUUCCAGGAGUUCCAGGACUACGACGAGUUCUAGGUGUGGGUUGGCGGCAACCCCCAGUCAGCUGCCUGUGAAGGCCCUAUCUUUACUGCGUUUCGCUUAGCACUUUGAUUUACCUGUUAAGUUGAUGACUAUGUGGAUGUCUCUGACUCUGUGAUGUAAUAAGUUAAUACUCUUUUAUGUU